CGCCUCCUCAAUCACCUCCGAGCAGACGUGCGCCCUCAUCGAGCAGAAAUACCUCUCUCUCUCUCGUCCGAUUUUGCUGAGCUCCAGUCCCAGAACGCCCAGCUCUCCACCUCUCUCGAAAAAAGGCUCUCCGAGCUCAUCGAAGUCCAGGCCGAGAAGAAACAGCUUCACAUCAAGGCGAUCAUUAAAGAUGGAGAUGUUGAGCGGUUGUCUGUCGAAGCCUCUGAGCAUCAUAAAUCGAAACGGCAGUUGGUGGAAAUGCUGGGGCAAAAGGAUAUCGAGAUAGGAGAGAAGAAUGCAACCUUUAAGAGCAAUUUGGAUAAGAUUGGUAUUGGGGACUUGCGGAAAGCAAAUGAGGAGAUUUUGAAACUGAAGGAUGAAGCACAAGCUUACAAGGAUCAUAUGUUACAGUACAAAGAAAUAGCACAAGUGAAUGAGGUGUCAUUGAAACAGAUGGAAUCUGCUCAUGAAAGAUUCAAAGCUGAGGCGGACAAAUUGAAGAAGUCACUAGAAGCUGAAAUCCUUUCACUCAGAUCAAUGGUUUCAGAACUUGAAAGUGACGUUCUAUUGAAGACCACUGAAGCUGCCGCUGCUGUUGCAGAGAAAGAAGAGGCUCUAUCUUCUGCAUUAGCAGAAAUAAAGCGUCUCAAUGAAGACAAUUCUGGAAAAAUUGCCCAGAUGGUGGCUUUGGAAGUUCAGAUGUCUUCUUUGAAGGAAGAUCUGGAGGAGCAGCAGCGGUGGCGCACAGCACAGAACAAUUAUCAAAGACAGGUUUACCUUCAACAUUUAUCUCCGAAAUCUUGAAAUUAUAAGAGUGUGAGGUAUAUUCCUUAGAUGAUGUAUGUCGUUGGCCUUUGAUAUUUUGUAGAAUGAAUUCUAAAAGGUUUGAUGUUCCAAAUUCUAUAUGAGAGAACACUACUAGCUAAAUAUAAGUAAUGUUUUAUGUUUGCUUUUCCAUGAUUUGUGUAUAUCUUUCGAGUAUAAUUUGACAGAAACCAUGCUGUUAUAUUAAUGAAUAAUGAUAUGACAUUUCAAGUAGAACAUGCUUAUGGAUUAUAGAAUGUCAUUAGCAAUGAAGGUAUUAAGAAAUGGUUAUAUAACGGCCGUUACUUAACGGUAAGGGG